AUGGCCUGGAACAACCGCCGUGGUGCUAGAGGACGCAAUGCGGACCGCAUGAGGCAAGAUGAGGAAGAUGAGGCCUUACUUCUUAUGAGUGCCUCGUUAAUGUUAAUGCAUCCGUCACUUGCACACGUGGAUAAUAAUCAACCACUUCCGCAACAUGAUGGGUCAUUCACAGAUAGGCAGUGGGUCGAAAGCGUACUCUACGGUCAUCAUAGACGCUCAAUAGACAACAUGCGUAUCACGGUUGAUAAUUUCUUGCUGCUGUCCAAUAUCCUUGUCGAGAGACAAUACGUUCCACACAAUUACCAACAGCGCGUGCCCAUACAGGAGGCGCUUGCUAUGACCUUAAUGUUGGUCAGCCACAAGCAUACGCACCGUGUCUUGGGGACAAUUUUUGAUCGAUCCAUCGAGACGAUUAAUCGAAAUAUAAAAAAGGUGCUCCGAGGCCUGUGUCUAUUUGCAGCUGAAAUAAUACGACCGGGUGACCAGACUGCAGUUCAUCCACGAAUUGCAAACUCAACUAAUUUUUAUCCAUGGUUCAAGGAUGCCGUGGGAGCGAUGGAUGGUACCCACAUCUCAGCUUGUCCUCCGACAGGCGAGCAAAUGGCAUAUACAAAUCGGCACGGGUGGCAAUCACAGAAUGUUCUGGCAGUUUGUGACCAUGACAUGCGCUUCAUCUAUGUGUAUGCUGGAUGGGAGGGAAGUGCACACGAUGCGCGAGUGUUGGAGUCAGCAUUAGCAUAUCCGUCCGAUUUUCCACUGCCGCAACCUGGCCGGUACUACUUAGUUGAUGCGGCAUACAAGAAUGCUCCAGGUUUCAUGCCCCCGUAUAAGAACGUGGGGUCCGAAUCUCCGGCAAAGGCCUUGUUCAAUACUCGACAUUCGCAACUUCGCAAUGUCAUUGAGCGCACAUUUGGUGUGCUUAAGAAAAGAUUCAAAUGGUUAAAGGGUCCGGUAGAUAAUUUCUAUAUGAGCACUCAAAUCAGUAUAGUCAUUGCUUGUUGUGCGUUGCACAACUUUUUAAGGAUGCACCAACCAGAAGAUGCCCAUUUUCAACGGUUUGAAUCAGAAGACGUGCACUUAAAUGAAGAGCCAGAAAUAGGCGGGCUAGUACCUCAGCCGUUCGCAUUAAACGUAUCUCCUGCAGAGCUGGCGGAAUGGAAAUCUAAACGAGACUACAUAGCGACUCAAAUGUACGCAGCACGGGGGCGACGCCGCCGUUAG